AUGGCAAGUGCCUUUGAUGAUAACUCGGAUGACAUUGAUGAUAUAGAAGAAGUUGAUCUAGCCGAUUUAGAAUUUGAUUGUGAGAAUUAUAAAGAAAAAAACAAGAAUAAUUAUGAAGAUGAUGAAUCAGUCACUGCAUUUUUUACAUGUAAUAUAUGCAUAACAAAGAUAAUGUACUCCCUCAUGCCAAUUGAAUAUCCUCCAACUGUCCCAGAUGGUUAUGCUGUUAUAUUUAAUGUAGAUGAGUGA